AGAGAGAGAGGACGCAUAUACACAGAAGCAGAGUGAGAGCAACGUGUGGGCUGAGAUGAAGGUUUAAAGUGUGCUUGAAGGUGAACCGCAACAAUCUUGUUCCAAGGAUGCAAGGGAAGUUGAAGGAUUCCGCAGGCUUGGCUGGCAGGACUCAUCAGAGGAUCUGAGAGAGGCGGGAGCAGAAGAGGCUGUUAAGUGAAAUAAGCAAGGGGGCAGAGAGAAAGAGGAGAUUGGAAACCACAAGCAAAUCAGAGCUGCCGCCACCGUUGCUCCUGCCGCUUCUGCAAUGAACUGGCUAGACGAGCCAAACUGGCAGCUUCAUGUUUCCUUGCUCAUUCUCCUCUCCGUGCACGUCAGGGCCAGUUUCCUAGACAGCAGGCCCUUACGUAGUUCUGGGAAAGUGAACAUGGAAACAAGGAAGGAAGAUGGUGGAAGCACAGCGGCUGCUCCCCUGCCGAAGAUGCUGUUAUGCCACUGUCACCAUCACUGUCCUGAAGAGUCAAGCAACAACACCUGCAAAACGGAUGGCUAUUGUUUUGCAAUGAUAGAAGAUGAGGACUCUGGAGGACAGACUCUUACCUCAGGCUGUCUAGGGUUAGAGGGUUCCGACUUCCAGUGUCGGGACACUCCAGUGUCUCACCCACGAAGAUUAAUUGAAUGCUGUACAGAUCAAGAUUUCUGUAACAAAGAUCUUCACCCUACUCUGCCACCCCUAAAAAAUCGAGAUUUUGCAGACGGAAAUGUCCACCACAAGGUCUUGCUGAUUUCAGUGACUGUCUGUAGUGUGCUUCUCGUCUUUAUCAUCCUCUUCUGCUACUUCAGGUAUAAAAGGCAAGAGAGCCGGCCUCGUUACAGCAUUGGGCUGGAGCAAGACGAGACUUAUAUUCCACCGGGAGAAUCCUUGAAAGACCUCAUUGAACAAUCUCAGAGCUCAGGAAGUGGAUCUGGGCUCCCUCUGCUGGUGCAAAGGACUAUAGCGAAGCAGAUUCAGAUGGUGAAGCAGAUUGGCAAAGGUCGCUAUGGAGAGGUCUGGAUGGGGAAGUGGCGUGGGGAAAAGGUGGCCGUCAAGGUGUUCUUCACCACAGAGGAAGCCAGUUGGUUUCGAGAGACAGAGAUCUACCAAACCGUCCUGAUGAGACAUGAAAACAUUUUGGGGUUUAUUGCUGCUGACAUUAAAGGUACAGGGUCUUGGACUCAGCUGUAUCUGAUCACAGAUUACCAUGAGAAUGGCUCCCUGUAUGACUAUUUGAAAUCCACUACCUUAGAUACAAAAGCCAUGCUGAAGCUGGCGUAUUCGUCUGUCAGCGGACUGUGCCACUUGCACACUGAGAUUUUCAGCACUCAGGGCAAACCAGCUAUUGCUCACCGGGACCUCAAAAGUAAAAACAUUUUGGUGAAGAAGAAUGGAACCUGUUGUAUAGCAGACCUUGGCCUGGCAGUUAAAUUUAUAAGUGAUACAAAUGAGGUGGACAUCCCACCAAAUACCAGAGUGGGAACUAAACGUUAUAUGCCUCCUGAAGUUUUGGAUGAAAGCCUGAAUCGGAAUCAUUUCCAGUCAUACAUCAUGGCCGACAUGUAUAGUUUUGGGCUCAUCCUUUGGGAAAUAGCAAGAAGAUGUGUUUCAGGAGGUAUUGUUGAAGAAUACCAGCUUCCAUACCAUGACCUCGUGCCCAGUGACCCUUCCUAUGAAGACAUGAGGGAAAUUGUGUGUAUGAAGAAGUUACGGCCCUCAUUUCCCAACAGGUGGAGCAGUGAUGAGUGCCUAAGACAAAUGGGCAAGCUCAUGACAGAAUGCUGGGCUCACAACCCUGCUUCCCGGCUCACAGCUCUACGGGUAAAGAAAACACUUGCCAAAAUGUCAGAGUCACAGGACAUUAAGCUCUGAUUCAGAUGACAAAAGACACCUCUAUUGCUAAAGCUCAGAAAAAUGGACUUUCCUUCAUGUUUCCAAGAGACAGGAAGAGGAAUGACAAGCCUUCGUUAAUAUCAACCUUGAACGCAGUCCUUCAGCCAAAGCAUCUGUAUGUUGACACAGGAAGCUUUUCUGGAGCCCCAAGGAGGAUCGUAUCAACACCUGCUUCAAGAUAAUGCAUGCUGCUUUCUAUGGAAGCCCAUAAUAAUAUUAUUAUUAUGACUAUUAUUAUUUAGGUUGUUUAAAUUUUAUGAAAAUGAACCUUUGAAGUACGAAAGUACAGAAAUAAUUAUAUUGUUACAUUAAAGGGGGGAAAAUCAAAGAAAUCUCAUCGGAAGUUUAAAGCAAAGUGGCAAUUAUUUCCCAUUGAGUUAUUGCACUCUACAACAAAGUACCUGCUGUGUUCUGAAAUGAAAGGAAGGUACAAUAGAAACAGGCUUAUAAGUGAUCUGCUAGUUGCAUUUGAUGUAAGUUGUGCCUCUUCUAAAGACAACGUACCCAAUGUUAUGUGAGUUGCUGUUAAGCCAUAUGACUCAUACAAUAUCGCUCUGCUGAUGUCCCCUGUGCGUAAGCCUCAAUGAAGGACUGGCUGUACCUUUGUAGCACCCGCAGUCAUUUCCAGGGCACUGGUGCAGGAGAUGUGCUGCCCAGUGGGAUAUGGCCAGAGCCUGGUGUUUCUCAGAUCUCAAAAGCCAUGGGCCAGCAGGGAGAGUUAGAAUGGCAGGAGAAUAAUGAAGACAUGAAGUAAGCCCCAGCAUUUUCAAGCGCCUAUACUCCUUUCCAUUUGUCACCCUCAUUCCUGUUUGUUUUAAAGAAGAGUUGUUGUUGAGAGUUAUUGCAGAAGGAGCUUCAUGUUUUUCAAUUUCUUGCUUCAUUUUUGCUCUUGCCCAUAUUCCCACUGCAUUUCUUGAAAGAGGAGAACCUACCCGAACUUUUCUAAAAAAUAUUGUGAUUUACCGCCCCCCAAACAAAUGGGUGUAUUGUUGGUUUAUCUCUCUGUAAUUGUAUUCAUAGAAGCACCCUGUGAUUUGGGCUAAAAUUCCGAGCAUUGUGAGGGUGCUUCUCUGCAGGCACUAGUAUUUAUUGGGGUGGGGGAGUUCCCUUCCUGCAGCAGCCCCCAUGCUUCCAAAUGGUUUCUGAUGAGUAGUACACGUCUGAAGCUUGAAGGAAAAGUCCAUGCGCAAGGGCCAAAGUGCACACUUAUGGGGCUGUUUUGAUUCCAUCUUUGCUUGAAGAUCUCCUGUGCCAUCAGUGGUAAUUCUUUCUCAAGGAUCUUGUGUUUCCUUUGAUGUAAGGUCUCCCAGUUAAAAUGUGUCUGUAAUGUACAAGUCCCCAGUUAUAGUUAAAUUGUAAUAUUUACCCCCCUCAAAAAAAAACCCCAAACAUUCACUGCUAACCAUACUAGGAGUUUUCUAAUAUGCCUAGAAUUUUCAGUGUAAAGUUCACCAGAGCAGCUAUUGGGCAGUUUUGCUGCUCACAUUGGACUCGGGUCAAGAACGUGGACUAGGAUCACAUUGGUAAGCAGGGUCGAGAAAAUGAGCUUUUGAAAUGGGAACGUUAUCAUUUGAAGGACCUUUUGUAAGGACUGUUGUGCCUCUAGGGGUCACUGUGCAGCUUCUGAUUCUGAAAGUCCUGGCAUCAGUAGGUCGUAAAAAAGAAAAAGCCGCAGGUUGGAUUCCAGAAGUACAGCCAUUAGGCAUUCUCCCCUGCUUUGCAAGGUUAGUGGACAUCAAAGGUUUAAAAAUAUUGGGGACAGAGCAGUGUGUGUGAAGUGAAACACUUUGGUGUGAUAAGCUGGAAGUGGGAAAAGUGUAAUUGGUAGUUAGAGCUUGUUUCAGACUCUGACUUCAGAGAGGAAUACUGAUAUGUAUUGGAUAUCUGCUUGCCCUAGUCUUUUGCAGGGGAGAGUUUGGAUGAUAUUAAGGCAUUUCUGUGCCCUCUGGCAGGGGGACCAUCUAUAAAGACUUCUUGUUAAAGAACAGUCACGAACCUUUCCUCCGCUUGUGAAUCUGAAUAGACCACCUACUGCAUUCAGUUAAGCAUAGGAGAGUCUCAUUGAUUUGGGGCUAAUAUAUAGGCUAUUCCGAGGGCAAUUUGACUUGUGAAGCUAUUAGUUGCUACUACAUGUACAUUUCUGUUCCAAAGUAGAAAUCAAUCAUGCACAAAGCCCGCUUCUUCUUAAGAUAUAGGGCGAUUUCUCACUAGAGCUGCCUCGCAGCACAGCGCCGU